AGAGACUGUUGCAUGAUGUCAGCAUGCAGCAGACUGACUGCUCAAGGUAUUGGAGACUGCAGUGUGCCUGUCAUUGGUUGGUGCACACGUCUCCAUAGCUACAGCUGUGUCCAAACAAUCUUCUCUCAAUACAAGCUCCUAUGCCCAGUCGCACAACUCACAGCAAGCUUGAAGACUAACCAGGGUAAAAUGGAUUCUGAGGAAAUCUACAUUGCCGCUCUUAAAGAAAAAGCCUGCGAGCUGGUAGAAACUGCCAUGAGAAAUGCCCAGGAAAGUCUGAGAAGCUUACAAAGAGUGCAAGGAGAGGAAUCAGUGAAUGAGCAGGAGCAUAAAGUGAAAAACAUCCAAUGGCUCUCUUGUGAAGACUUCAAUGUGGAGCUGGGCAAGAAGCAGAUUGAAGAAUAUGUCUUGACAUGGGAAUUCCAUGAGAGCUGGUUGUACUGUACAGAUUUCCUGAGAGAAGAAGACACAGAGUUCAAUAAACUGUUCCAUUAUAGAAUGAGAUGGAGCAUCCCAACCUGUAGGAAACCAAUUCCCAGGGCAACUGCUUGCGUCUACUUCACCAUAAAGAUCUCCAAAAUCAAACCUCCGACUUUACCAGUUGAAGUUUUCUUUGUCUUUGAAUCCAACCGACUUGUUCACAGGCCCGGGGAGACAAGAUUCAGGGAAAAGUGGCUGAAGGACAUCAUUGAAAGCAAGCUGAUAAUGAUGAACAGCAUCACAUUCUAGUCUAUUGCACCCGUCUCAGUAAACACUUCCAUGCCAAAGCGUUCACUUUGUAUAAAACAGAUUUAAGAAAGGUUGGAACCAAAAAGAAUAUGUUAGGGAAUCACAUGGAUUUAAAAGGUUUUAAUGUUUAUUUAGAAUUUGUUGCAACCAAAGAAAGUGAUUUGGAUAACAAUAUUAUAUAAAGGAUUUAAAUAGGACCUUACAGUGUAGGAACAAAUCAUACUGAAAGCUGUCAGAUUUAGGCUAAAGCCACCAAGCGAUUUUGAUCCUGCCACAUAAAGUUACACAAAUAUUUGGGAUUUGUCUCAGAUGUGCUGUUACAUUGAAAUUGUCUAUUUUAUUUCAUAGCCGUUCAAACUAUAAUUUGUUAUGUGCAAAAUCAGUGUUGUGUACGAGGUAAAAUAAUCUUACGAAAGUAGGGUUGUGUUCACAUCAUGAUUUCUGAACACAGUUGGCUGGGAUGUGCUGGAAAAAUACUUGGAACAAAUGAUAAACAUAGGCAUCAUUUUUGGCCUUCUUUCUUUUUUAACCGUAACUCAGCAGUCUGCAUUACCAGUCUCCAAUAAAGUCAGUUGGAGCAAAACGUGGAUAAUGCUCAGUAUACAUCUUAUUUAACAUUGUGGCCAGUGGCUGACAUAUACCACUGUAUGGCUAUACCUCCACGUGUAUGGAAAUAUACUCCCUUCAUAUAUCUGGCAUAUAGCUAAGACGAGGGAUGGACAGACCCUUAGCAGUAAAACUAGUAAUGUAUUAACCAGAAUGUCAUUUUCAAACUCACCAGAAACAGCUAUAAAGGAUUCAUUGCUGUCAUGUAAUUAAAGGGACACUGUCCCAUAAGUAAAUAUUGGGCCUCACCCUUCAUCACUGUCUCUGUGGAGAGGCAUUCUUGUUACCAUAGCAUCCAGCUUUAUAUUUUUCCCUAUACUUUUGUCUCACAUGUAAAUACAAUCUUAUAUUAGUGCAGUGUUAAAGCACUGCAGAUCUUGGGGGGGGGCAAAGGAGGGCAGUAUUGCAAUUCCCCAAGUUCGGAGACUCUAGAUCUAGGGAUAUGUAGUCUCUAUCAGUUGUCUGUUGUGAAUUAGAUAAACCUUGCAUUGUAAUCCAUACAGAGACUCUUGUGUUUUCUGUUAAAAGGUCUUUAGAUGAAAAUCCCAGUCCAUGUGUAGGAGUUAAAGGGGUACUCCGGUGGAAAACAUUUUUUUUAACCCCUUAAGGCCGCCGCCCAUUUGGGCCUUAACCCCUUAAGGACCAGGGGGUUUUCCGUUUUUGCACUUUCGUUUUUUUCCUCCUUACCUUUAAAAAAUCAUAACCCUUUCAAUUUUGCACCUAAAAAUCCAUAUGAUGGCUUAUUUUUGGCGCCACCAAUUCUACUUUGUAAUGACGUCAGUCAUUUUACCCAAAAAUCUACAGCAAAACGGAAAGAAAAAUCAUUGUGAGACAAAAUUGGGGAAAAAAACGCAGUUUUUUAAGUUUUGGGGGCUUCUGUUUCUAGGCAGUACAUUUUUCGGUAAAAAUGACACAUUCUCUUUAUUCUGUAGGUCCACACGAUUAAAAUGAUACCCUACUUAUAUAGGUUUGAUUUUGUCGUACUUCUGAAAAAAAUCAUAACUACAUGCUGGAAAAUGUAUAUGUUUAAAAUUGUCAUCUUCUGACCCCUAUAAUUUUUUUUAUUUUACUGCGUAUGGGUCAGUAUGAGGGCUAAUUUUUUGCGCCGUGAUCUGAAGGUUUUAGCAGUUCCCUUUUUGUAUUGAUCGGAUCACUUUUUAUUCAUUUUUUCAUGAUAUAAAAAGUGACCAAAAAUACACUAUUUUGGACUUUGGAAUUAUUUUGCAUGUAUGCCAUUGACCGUGCGGUUUAAUUAACAAUAUAAUUUCAUACUUCGGACAUUUCCGCAUGCGGCGAUACCACAUGUUUAUUUUCAUUUACAGGGUUUUUUUUAUGGGAAAAGGGGGGUGAUUCAAACUUUUAAUAGGGGAGGGGUUAAAUGAUUUUUAUUCACUUUUUUUUUACUUUUUUUUUGCAGUGUUAUAGCUCCCAUAGGGACCUAUAAGGGUGGUUUCACACCACGUUUUGUACUUACGGUUCCCGUAUACAGCUGGGAGGAGGGGGGGGGGAAGGGGCUUAAUCGCGGUGCCCGCACUCAGCCGUAGGGGAACCGUAUUUAAUGCAUGUCUAUGAGCCGACCGGAGUGAACUGCAGCCUCCGGUCUGAGUGUGGGCGCCGCGAUUAAGCCCCCCGCCACCUCUCAGCCGUAUACGGGAACCGUAAGUACAAAACGUGGUGGGAAAGCACCCUUACACUGCACACACUAAUCUUUUACAUUGAUCACUGGUUUCUCAUAGGAAACCAGUGAUCGAUGAUUCUGCCACUUGACUGCUUAUGCCUGGAUCUCAGGCACUGAGCAGUAAUUCGGCGAUCGGACACCAGGAGGCAAGGUAGGAGACCCUCCUCGUGUCUAACAGCUGUUCGGGAUGCCGUGAUUUCGCCAAACAGCUCCCUGAGCUAACCGGCAUGGUUUCACUUUCACUUUAGACGCAGCGUUCAACUUUGAACGCCGCGUCUAAAGGGUUAAUAGCGUGCGGCACCGCAGUCAAUUAGCCACGGGUCAACGGCCGGGCCCGACCCGCUAUGACGUGGCCCCGCGUUAUAGAAAGGGAAAGGACUCAGGAUGUACCGUUACGUCCUUGGUCCUUAAGGGGUUAAGGACGCAGACAAUUUAAUUUUAACGUUUUCAUUUUUUCCUCCUCGCCUUCAAAAAAUCAUAACUCUUUUAUAUUUUCAUCCACAGACUAGUAUGAGGGCUUGUUUUUGCGUGACCAGUUGUCCGUUGUAAUGCCAUCACUCAUUUUACCAUUAAAUGUAUGGCGCAACCAAAAAAAUACUAUUUGUGUGGUGAAAUUAAAAAGAAAACCGCAAUUUAGUUAAUUUUGGAAUUUUUUUUUUUCACGACGUACAAUUUACGGUAAAAAUUACAUGUGUUCUUUAUUCUUUGGGUCAAUACGAUUAAAAUGAUACCCAUGAUAAUACACUUUUCUAUUACUGUUGCGCUUAAAAAAAAUGCAAACUUUUUAACCAAAUUAGUACGUUUAUAAUCCCCCUAUUUUGAAGACCUACAGCUUUUUCAUUUUUCCAUAUAAGUGGCGGUAUGAGGGCUCAUUUUUUGCGCCAUGAUCUGCACUUUUUAUUUAUACCAUAUUUGCUUAUAUAGAACUUUUAAUCAAUCUUUUAUACAUUUUUUGGGGAAUAAAAUGUUAUAAAAAAGCAUCUAUUUUGGACUUUUUUUUAAUUUUUACGUUCACGCCGUUCACCGUACGGUAUCAUUAACAUUUUAUUUUAAUAGUUCAGAUAUUUACGCACGCAGCGACACCAACUAUGUAUAUACAGUGGUCCCUCAACAUACGAUGGUAAUUCGUUCUAAACGACCCAUCGUUUGUCGAAUCCAUCAUAUGUUGAGGGAUUCGUGCAAUGUAAAAAGUGCAUUUAAUACUCACCUGUCCCCGCCGCUCCGGACCACGUCCUCACCACUCCCGAUGCUGUCCCAGGGGCUCCUGAUGCUGUCCCGCUGCUCCGGCAUCUUCUUCGGGAUCCUCCGGCUUCUUCCGCAUCUUCUGCAGGGUCCGGGCCUCGCUUUCUGGUGACGUUAUUAUGCUGCUGCACUGGCACGGCGUGCGUAGC